AUGUCUUCUCCCAAAGCUCGGUUGAGCAAUUUGGCCAACCACUUCCUGCACCCCGGCUCGGCCUCGCGGAGUAAAAGCAUCGAUGAUCUGACCAUUGACGGUCACAAGGUCGGCACUUCCUCAUGGUAUAACAAUCACACCCUGUCCCCGGCCUUCUUCCUCCCCCGCGCCGCAGUCAUCGAACCCAAUGCUCCCGCCAUCUACCACCGAACGGCCAACAACAAGAUCCUACGCCGGACAUACAUCGAAUUCGCCGACCGAGCUCGCGGGUUUGCCUACUACAUCAAGAAGAAAGGGUACAAGCGAGUAGGGAUCUUAUGCACAAACACCCCGGCGUUUCUGGAAGCCGUCUUUGGCAUCGGCGCUGCCGGUGCGGUCAACAUCGCCAUCAACUAUCGGCUGAAGCCAGAUGAUAUCGCAUACAUAUUCGACCAUGCAGAUGCCGAUGCCAUUGUGGUCGACGCCGAGUUCAUCCACCUUCUUGACGACUACAAGGCAAAACACCCCGACGUGCCACUGAUCGUGGACACGGAUACCGAUGCGAUCCAGGGUCAAUUGUGCGGUCCCUUCGACGAAGCCGUGCUGGAAGGUUUACAGUAUGACACUUCCCAAGGCUCUCACGGUUGGAAUGGUCUUGAGGCCCAGGCCGCCGAUGAACUCGCCGUGACUGCGUUGGCCUACACCUCAGGCACUACGGCUCGACCUAAGGGCGUUGAAUAUACUCACCGAGGUGGAUAUUUAGCUGCGUUGGGCAAUGUCAUUGAGUCCGGGCUAUCCUAUCACAAUGGCGAGCGUUGCAGGUACCUUUGGACUCUGCCAAUGUUCCAUGCCAUGGGUUGGACAUACCCUUGGGCAGUGACCGCGGUGAGAGGGACGCAUUACUGCCUGCGCAAAAUCGACUACCCCGAAAUCUGGCGUUUGCUAAGAGAUGAGGGUAUCACCCAUUAUUGCGCCGCUCCAACCGUCAACACACUGCUCUGCGCAGACUCAAAUGCUACCAAGCUUCCGAAGCCUGUCCGGGUGACGGUUGCUGCCAGCCCUCCCACUGCACAUUUAUUUGAGCAGAUGACCAACUUGAAUCUACAUCCAGUGCAUGUGUAUGGGUUGACCGAGACAUACGGCCCCAUCACAAAAGGAUACAUUCUGCCGGAAUGGGACAAUCUCCCCAAUGUCAAGGAGAAAUACGCCAAAAUGGCCCGUCAAGGUCAUGGCAUCGUCACUUCUUUGCCUGCCAGAGUUAUCAAGACCGACCUACCAGAAGGGACGAUAGUGGACGUUGAGAAGAACGGCCAGGAGAUUGGCGAGAUUGUUUUCAUUGGUAACAUUUGUGCCCGCGGAUAUUACAAGGACGAAGCUGCUACAAGAAAGUUGUUCGCCGGCGGCGUGCAGCAUUCAGGCGAUUUGGCCGUGUGGCAUCCAGAUGGGGCUAUUCAAAUCCUCGACCGUGCAAAAGACAUCAUAAUUUCCGGAGGGGAAAACAUCUCCUCGGUUGCUCUCGAGUCCAUACUUGUCACACAUCCGGAGAUGCUUGAAUGUGGUGUUGCCGCUGUCAGUGAUAGUCAUUGGGGUGAGAGACCCAAAGCCUUCAUCACUGUCAAGCCCGGUUCCAAAGUGACUGGUGAGGCCGUGAUCAAGUGGGCAAGAGAUCAUCCAGGAAUCAGCAGGUUUAUGGUGCCUCGAGAAGUAGAGAUUGUCCCCGAACUGCCCAAAACAAGCACGGGGAAGAUUAGAAAGAACAUCCUGCGAGAGUGGGCCCGAGGAAAACGGGGAGAAGAGUAG